UUGUUCGAGGGAAUAAGUUCAUGUUCGUAUUCCUGAACAUGGCGACGUCUAAUUUGCUAAAGAACAAAGGCUCCCUCCAGUUUGAGGACAAGUGGGAUUUGAUGCGUCCCAUCGUUCUGAAGCUGCUCCGUCAGGAGUCAGUCACCAAGCAGCAGUGGUUUGACCUCUUCUCAGACGUCCAUGCAGUAUGCCUAUGGGAUGACAAGGGACCGGCCAAGAUCCACCAAGCCCUGAAGGCGGACAUCUUAGACUUCAUCAAGCAAGCACAAGUGCGGGUGUUGAGUCACCAGGAUGACACGGCACUGCUGAAGGCCUACAUCGUGGAGUGGAGGAAGUUCUUCACACAGUGCGACAUCCUGCCCAAACCCUUCUGCCAGCUGGAGAUCACGCUCAUGGGCAAGCAGGGCAGCAACAAGAAGUCUAACGUUGAGGACAGCAUCGUACGGAAGCUCAUGCUGGACACGUGGAAUGAGUCCAUCUUCUCCAACAUCAAGAACAGGCUGCAGGACAGCGCCAUGAAGCUGGUGCACGCCGAGCGCCUGGGGGAGGCCUUCGACUCUCAGCUGGUCAUCGGCGUCAGGGAGUCCUACGUGAACCUGUGCUCAAACCCAGACAAUAAGUUGCAGAUCUACAGGGAUAACUUUGAGAAGGCUUACAUGGACUCCACUGAGAGAUUCUACAGAACACAGGCCCCCUCCUACCUGCAGCAGAACGGAGUACAGAACUACAUGAAAUACGCAGACACUAAGUUGAGAGAGGAGGAGAAACGGGCGUUGCGCUAUUUGGAGACAAGACGUGAAUGUAACUCUGUACAAGCACUGAUGGAGUGUUGCGUGAACGCCCUGGUGACGUCCUUCAAGGAGACCAUCUUGGCCGAGUGUCCAGGGAUGAUCAGGCGAAACGAGACAGAGAGUGAGUACGGCCGGAGCGCUCCCGGCACCAAAGGCUCGGCCAGCUCAGAGCUCCAUCUCAUGUUCUCUCUGAUGGACAAGGUGCCUAGUGGCAUCGAGCCCAUGCUGAAGGACUUAGAGGAACACAUCAUGUCUGCUGGGCUGGCCGACAUGGUGGCCUCCGCCGAGACCAUCACCUCGGACUCUGAGAAGUACGUGGAGCAGCUCCUCACCCUGUUCAACCGCUUCAGUAAGCUGGUUAAAGAUGCCUUUCAGGACGACCCUCGCUUCCUCACAGCCCGAGACAAGGCUUACAAAGCAGUUGUGAAUGAUGCUACUAUUUUUAAAUUGGAACUUCCGCUGAAGCAGAAAGGGGUGGGGCUGAAGACUCAGCCAGAGUCCAAGUGUCCAGAGUUGCUGGCCAACUACUGUGAUAUGCUGCUGAGGAAAACCCCGCUGAGCAAGAAACUUGCAUCUGAGGAGAUCGAGGCCAAGCUCAAGGAAGUGUUGCUGGUGUUGAAGUACGUGCAGAACAAAGACGUGUUCAUGCGCUACCACAAAGCACAUCUGACCCGACGCCUUAUCCUGGACAUCUCCGCUGACAGCGAAAUCGAGGAGAACAUGGUGGAGUGGCUCCGGGAGGUAGGCAUGCCCGCUGACUACGUGAAUAAGCUGGCUCGGAUGUUCCAGGACAUCAAGGUGUCCGAGGACCUCAACCAGAACUUCAAAGAGUGUCACAAACACAACAAGCUGGCCCUAUCAGGUAAACCAGCGGACUCUGUCAACAUCAAGAUCCUGAAUGCGGGGGCGUGGUCGCGGAGCUCCGAGAAGGUGUUUGUGUCACUGCCCACCGAGCUGGAGGACCUGAUCCCCGAGGUGGAGGACUUUUACAAGAAGAACCACAGUGGCAGGAAACUGCACUGGCAUCACCUCAUGUCCAAUGGCAUUAUCACAUUUAAGAAUGAGGUGGGCCAGUACGACCUGGAGGUGACCACAUUCCAACUGGCUGUGGUGUUUGCCUGGAACCAGAGGCCUCGGGAGAGGAUCAGCUUUGAAAACCUUAAGCUGGCCACGGAGCUGCCUGAUGCCGAGCUCCGACGCACCCUCUGGUCCCUGGUAGCGUUCCCCAAGCUAAAGCGGCAGGUGUUGUCCUACGACCCAGUGGUGGGUUCGCCCAAAGACUUUGCAGAGGGCACCCUCUUCUAUGUCAAUCAGGAGUUUUCACUAAUAAAAAACUCCAAGGUCCAAAAAAGGGGGAAGAUUAACCUAAUUGGCCGGCUUCAGCUCACCACAGAGCGAAUGAGGGAGGAGGAGAACGAGGGAAUCGUCCAGCUCAGGAUAUUGAGAACACAGGAGGCCAUCAUCCAAAUCAUGAAGAUGCGCAAGCGGAUCACCAAUGCCCAGCUGCAGACAGAGCUGGUCGAGAUCCUCAAAAACAUGUUCCUACCUCAAAAGAAGAUGAUCAAGGAGCAGAUGGAGUGGCUCAUUGAGCACAAGUACAUCAAGCGGGACGAGACGGAUCUCAACACCUUCAUCUACAUGGCAUAACGGUGGUUCUUCAGGCCUGAUGGACAAUAAAAUAUUUCCAGGCCUGACCGUCUUAGAGAAAAAUAACAUCUUUGUAUCGUGGGGGUUCAACCCUGAUGGACAAUAACAAUAUUUUCAAGUUGACCUUUGAUACUUUGUUUAUCUAUUCAUGUGGGGAAAUAAAGACUUGACUUAG